AUGGCGUCGAAAGCUUUCUUGAUUGCAUUAGCUGUUGUUGCUGCAAUUGUUGCUCCGACAAGGGCAAAGGAAAUUGUGGUCGGAGGUAAAGAUGGUUGGAUGUUGGGCAUGGAUUAUCAGGCCUGGGCUGAUGGAAUCGAAUUCCACGUCGGAGAUACCUUAGUGUUUAACUACAAACCUGGAGCACACAAUGUCAUCAAAGUAAAUGGAACCGAGUUCAAACUUUGCGCAGCACCACUCGGGGCUGCUCCUUUAACCUCCGGUCACGAUGUAAUCACCCUCGCCGCUCCCGGAAGGAAAUGGUACAUUUGUGGCGUUGCCGACCAUUGUCACACUGGACCAAUGAAGUUUGCCAUUACUGUCCAGCCCGGUUUAGGAUCUCCUUCACCUGCACCUGCUCUAACUCCUCCCAAACCCGAUGCUGGAGCAGCCACCGGAUUUGGUCCCUCAAAAACUUUCUCUUGGCUGAUUGCUGCAUUGGCCGCCUUCAUGAUGAUCAUGGCUUGA